ACAGCCCUUGGGGCGGCGAGUGGGGCAGCGUCCAGGAUGUAAGCGGUUUCAACCCGGUGACGCCAGCGCCCUCCCGGCCCCGCCCGGGGUUGGCCUCGGCGCAGAGGAACUCCCGGCUGCCACUGAAGUGCAGAACGUGCCCCCGAGGAAAGGAUCCGCUCACCUGACCUGGCAUCCUCCUCUCGUGCAAAAUUGAGAUCCAGGUGGCAAAGGGAGAGAUGGGUGGCCCCGAGACCUGCCUUGGCUUCCUGGUCCUGCUUCUGAUUGUCUGGUUCAGCGGGACGCCCGGCGAUGCUCACUCUCUGUCCUAUAACUUCACCAUCGAUCCUCAGCCCAGACCUGGACAGCCGUGGUGUGAAGUUCAAGGCCAUGUGGACAGAGAGGUUUUUCUCUCCUAUGAUUGUGGUCAUGCUAAGAUCAUAUUCACAAGUCCAUUGGGAGAAGAAGUGAAAACCAUAAAGGCCUGGGAAACACAGAUCGAAACACUUGGAGACAUCAGGGACCAACUGCGUGACUUUACACUGGAGAAACACACGGUCAUGGACCCUCUCACCCUGCAGGCCAGGAUGACAUGUCACUGUGAGGAUGACAGACAUAUCAGUGGAUCCUGGCAGUUUGGCUUGAAUGGACAAAUGAGCCUCCACUUUGAUUCGGAGAAUGGACACUGGAGAGUGGAUCACCCUGGAGGCAGAUGGAUGAAAGAGAAGUGGGAGAAUGACAGAGCUGUGACCAAGUUCCUGAAGAAGGUCUCCAUGGGAGACUGUCCGGCCUGGCUUCAGGCUUUCAUGGUGCGCUGGGAGAAAAUGUUGAAGACCUCAGCAUCACCGACCAUGGGCCCCCCUACAGUCCAGCCCACGGCCACAGCCAUCAAGUCCAAAGCCUGGAUCCUCCCUUUGGUCCUCAGUUUCAUCAUAACUGUCUUCCUGGGCUGAGUCCUUUCAAGGAACAGGUGAUGCUGCUCCUAGGAAGCCCGACAGGUGCUCUCCGGCCUCAGGCCUCAGUCUUUGCUUGGCCGCCUUGGUUCCCCUUCUGCUCACUUUAGAGCCAGGAGGUCAGACCCAGGAGUUCGGAGCCUGCCUUCCCGUUGUGAUGACAAGUGGCUGCGCUGUCUCGUAUCUCUUCUCACAUCUGGGGAACAGACUCCUCAGUCUCUUUUUAUUCCCCCAACUGAUUUUACCUCUUUUUCUUGGUGCUAAGUGAUGGAAUCCAUGCACCUAAAUGUUCAGCUACUUGAACAAGAAAUCUCCACAAAUAGGAAACUUUCUGUUUUCUUCCAGUUUGUGAAAAAUCAGACUCUUUUCUGUAUGGCAAUCUCAUUGUUGCAAAUGGUGAUAAUAUAAGAAAAAUACCAUCUGCUAUUACAGGACUCAGGGAUUCUUUCUAUGUUCAGAGAAAAAACUUCAGAGUAUUUUCAACAAAACAAAAUACUAUGCCUGAAUGUCUCUUUUAGUCAUUUUAUUUCCUAAUAUGAAUAUUUAAGUUAGUAUCUCGCUAUUGCAAAAGACAUGAAUACUUCAAGUUUCUUUUUCUAAUCAAGGAGGGACCUUGGGACAUUUCACCCUUUUUCCACCUUUUGGGAUUAAAUAGAACUGAUGAUUCAGCUACAGUUAUUGUGAAAGCAGAGAGUAAACAGAACCCUCUUAAACUAACAUGCAGUCUAGCUGUCGAUCCCAAUCCUGAUACCUGGAUCCAAAGACAUAUCCUGGAACUUGUGCAAUGAAAUCAUUUUUUAUUUCAUCAAGAUCUGCAUCCUCAGUAGUGACUCUGCUGUGUUCCUCUGUGCCUCCCCCUCUCGAAGGAUAAGCCAGACUUCACAGCACAAACUAUAUCUGUUUUGAAAAGUAGAUUUAUUUCCCCAUUGACAGAGGAUCAUAUUCAGAAUAGAUAAUGAAUUACUACAAAUAAAGAAGAUAAAUUGUACCUUUUUGGCCACUGAUUGAGCUGUUCACAUAUGGUGAAUUGUUGUUCAGUCGCUAAGUUAUGUCCAACUCUGUGACCCAAUGA